AACCCUAAUCAAAGUAUUUAAUGUGGCCAAAAUAUUUCUAUCCUUAUCGCCUUCUUCAAUGGUGGAAUGGCUCUCAACUCACAGUUGAGACUUAAAUAAUAUCAAACGCCAUUUCAAAUUUGAAUUCAAUCGUCAAUACAAGAGUAUAAAAAACAAACAAAGGGUUUUCUUACCUUAUAGUUUUGGAUUACAUUUUCAGAAGAAGAAACAACUGCAUUCUUCUUAUUAAAACAAGCACAGGAGUAUAAAAAACCAACAAAGGGUUUUUUCCUUUCAGUUUUGGAUUACAUUUUCAGAAGAAGAAACAACUGCAUUCUUCUUAGUAAAACAAACACAGGGGUUGUGUUAAGCUGUGGACAAAAUGAAGGGAGGAAAUCAUAAUAAAAAAGUAAAGCCUCCGAACAAAAAUAAAAUUCAGGAUAGAUCUCCACUUGUCGAAAAUGGAGAGACUGUUCCAACAAACAGCAACUCUGUUGCUCAUCCUGACAAUGAUGAUAAGAUAUCCAAUUUGCAGGGCCUUAAUAAUCGUCUUAUUAAAGAUAUUGCAACCUUAAGAGAAGAAAGAACUGCCCUCUUAAAGAAUGAAAAAGAAGCUCAAGAUGCACUUUUUGAAUCUGAGAGAAGGCUGAAUGAAGAAAUUGAAAAAAAAGAAGAUGAACUCAGAGCAGUAAUUGAAGAAAAGAAUAGCUUGGAAUCUUCUAUUAUGCAGUUGAGAGAACAAUCAGAAGUAGCUUGCAGGUCAUUCGAAGCUGAGAGAGCUGAGCUUUUAUCAAAGUUAAGAGAGGAAGCAUUGAUUUCGCUUGAUGCAAAAGUUGCUGAGGUUGAAAACCAAGUGCAAGAACAAUUGAAAGAGGAGUUUGAAAAAGAGAUUAUAAAGAAGGAAAACGAAUCACAAGCUGCAAUUUCUGAAGCGAAGGAGUGCAUUAAGGUGUUAAAGGAAGAUAUUGCAAAGAAAGAAGACGAAUGCCAAUCAAUGUAUUUAGAAAGAAAGAACCUGGAAGCUAACAUUUUCCAGUUGAAGGGACAAAUGCAGGCUAUUUCUGAAGAAUCAAGGGCAGCUCAGUUAUCUUGGGAAUCUGAAAAGGGCAAGUUUUUAUCACAAGUUGCAGCAAAAGUAAAGGACAUUGAGGAGAUGGGUAGAAGUCAUGAAGUGUUGCAGAAGGCAUGGGAAGCGGAGAAGGAGGAAUUAUUGUCUGCAUUGUGCAAAUCUGAGGAAAAAGCUGCAGACAUUAUGAAAAAAAGUGAAGCAGAUGUCUGUCGAUUGAACCAGAAAUAUGAAAAAAUGUUAAUUGAUUAUGAUUCAUUAAAGGUCCAAUUGAUGGAGGCUAAUGACAUGCUUGCUUAUAUCAAAGAUGAGAGGCAGUCUCAAGAAGCUUUGUCAGCAAAGAGGUUGGAAGAUUUGCUUAUAGAGAAUAGAACAUUGAAACAAAAAACCAAUGAACUUCAACAUAUGGUCAGUGCAGGUAACAAACAAUACUCGGAGUUGAAUCAUCAAUAUCAAGUUUCUGAAAAGUCUCUCAAACAAGAAAUUGAACGGCUACAAACGGAUACAGAGCACACAAGAUCUUUACUUGAAAUCCAGAUUGGAAAGGGGGAAGAACUGAUUGCUGAAAAUACUGGACUUGACUAUGAGAUUCAGGAGUUGAAAAAGAGUCUGGAAGAGGUGCAAGGAACACAUUCCAUGGUAGUGGAAGAAAAGGGAUUGCUUAUGAAGGAGUUCGAAUCACUGCAUACAGAAUUUACAAGAAAAUGUAGUGAAUUGGAUGAAAAAGAGAUAAAAAUGCUCAAUGAGCGUGAGAAGUACAGAAAGGAGAUCGAGUUAUUGGACAAGCAGAAGGCUUUCCUUGCGAGUGAGAAAGUCUUUGUUGUAUGGAGGCUCGAGGAAGUAACCCGGAGAUCUGAGGAAAUUCAGGAAAAACUUUUGCUAAGUAACAGGAGAGUGUUAGAUUUAGAGGAUCAGGUGUCAGAAUUGCAUAAAAAAUUAGCAACAGAAAGUUCAGCACACAAGUCCAUGAUGGCUGAGCUGAACAAGGUCAAAGACAAUGUCAAUGAACAGGUGAUUGAAUUGUCUGUUGAAAAUGCACAAUUGAAGGAUGAGAAUCAACAGUUGGGUAAAAGUCUUGCAGAGACUAUCGAGAGAUAUGAAGAAAUGCAGGAAAGGAAUUUGUCUAGUGGGAGAGUGAGAGUGUUAUGCUUGGAGGAACAGGUAUCAGAACUCUUCACAGAGUUGGAAACAGCAAGGGCAGCAUAUGAUGAAGUUAAAGCCAAGUUGAUGACAAUUGAAGAAGAUAAUAAGAAACAGACAAAUGAACUACGUGAGAUGACAGAAGAAAAAGAGGUCUUACAUCGAGAUUUGAUGUCAAUGAUUGCAAAUACUAAAAAAAUUGAGCAGGACUUGGUCUCUGCGAAUUCCUCCUCUAAAAAGCUGUGGGAAACUGCUUGCAUUGCUGAAGGGCGACUGGUUAAUCUGCAAAGCCAGUUAUUAGCUUUUGCAGAAGAGAAGGAAGGUCAAAAUUUUGAUUUUUUGGUUCAGCUUCCAGUUUUUGCAGAGGCCUUGACCACUGAAUUAAGUGAAUUGCGAUAUCAGGCUUCAAGUCUUACUGAAGAAAAAAAGUGCCUCGAGGAGAAAAACAACUCUCUUCUUGCUCAAGUGGCACAGAUUACUCUCAGUUCAGGAGGAAAGAAUCAGGAGGGGAUAGAGGAGUUAGAAAGCUCUUUGGAUAAUUUCAACAAUGAUACCAAAAACAGAGAUAUCAGGGCUCAAAUAUUGGUCCCAGGGCAACAACAUUUGGGGCCGGCUGAGAAUAAGAAACGAAGGAAGUUGCAUCGUGUAUUGUCUUCUUUGGUAGCCUCAGCUGGUGUGCUGGCUGUAGCUACAUUUGCUGCUUAUUUCAGGUUUUCAAAAUAGGACUCAUUGUGACGUUACACUUCUGUCUGCUAUUUUCUGUGUACUCAACUUCUGUUUAACCAUCAGGAUAUUGCAAUGGAUUUUUCAAUUGGUUUGCUACCGAGCUGUCCUUCAAUUGUUGUUCUCGAUGAUUUUAAGAUCAGUUCAUUAACAGAUACAUAUUGUUUUUCAGCUGACAAAAUAUAAUCCAGUUUUAAUGAUAAUGUUAAAAGCAAAGUUCAAUAAUAUGAAGAUGAUCAGUUAUGAUAACAUUCAA